AUGAGUAGGUUUCAAAUGUGGAUUGUGUUUCUGUUGGCAUUGUUAUUCUCCAAUUCAUGUGCUCUUGUCUACUCCUCCAACCCCACCACGAGCUCUUCUUCUAAGCGGUGGACACCACCACCACCACCUGGGUGCCACCAGCAUGCACCUCCAAAACAUAGGCAUGUUAAGGCUCCACCACCACCGUCUUUUUCAUCGGCGUUCUACUUCUUCUCUCCACCACCACCUAGUCCUCCUUAUUCUCCUAAAACUCCAAGGUCUUUGCUCCGAACACCACCACCAAGGUGA